GGAUUGCCUGAAAUCCUUUUUCUAAGAAAUCACAUUUUGUGUUACAAGUCGCAGCUUCCAUUGCGGUGCCGGGUGAGGCUGUGAUCGACGGUGUGCUCCUUGCGACCACGCAUUGGGUCGCUAAUUUAUUGCUGGCUGAACUCGGGACGCCCCUUUCCCGGGGUCCUCCUGGGGUUGCUGUGGAGAUCCAAGAUGGCAGCGCUCUGGGUGGCCGGCUUCGCUAAGAAUGACAAUGCUGGGAUUCUUGCAACACUAGCUCUGGUGUAUCUCUUCUUCUCGGUUGUGAAUGCAGACUCAAAAGCCGUCACAACAACUCUUACUACCAAGUGGCCAUCCACACCAUUGUUAUUGGAAGCAAGUGAAUUUUUGGCUGAAGAAAGCAAAACUAAGUUCUGGGAUUUUGUGGAUGCUGCUCAAGAAAUUCAUCCGAAUCAAGCAGAAACUGAUAUUUCAUACUACAAGUAUAUACUGCAGAAAGCUGAUGAAUUUCUGACGCCUGUGCAGGCCAACCUACUGAAGUUUGCCUUGUCUCUACGGGCUUACUCUGCCACUGUUCAAACGUUUCAGCAGAUUGCAGCAGAGGAGCCCCCUCCAGAAGACUGUUCUGCUUUUGUAAAUGUGCAUGGGGAGAAAAGCUGCAAUCCUGACGGGUUGGAGGUGCUUCUUCAGAGUGCUCUGGAGAGACCCAAGCCUUAUUUGUUUAAAGGCGAUCACAUUGACGCAUCCUUAAGACCUGAACUUCCAGUGGUAAUUCUUUAUGGUGAGAUUGGUACCAAAGAAUUUUCCAAGUUCCAUAAACUCCUUCGUUCUAAAUCUGAGGUUGGAAAUAUCAACUAUGUCCUCAGACAUUAUGUUGCUAAUCCAAGUAAGGAGAAAGUCUUCCUUUCUGGUUAUGGAGUUGAGCUUGCCAUUAAAAGUACUGAAUACAAGGCCAAAGAUGACACACAAGUGACAGGCUCUGAACUAAAUGCCACUGUGAUAAACGAAAAUGAUCCUGUUGAUGAAGUCCAAGGUUUCCUCUUCGGAAAACUGAAGCAGCUGUAUCCUGAGAUCAAGGAGCAACUCAAGGAACUGAGGAAGCACCUGGUUGAAAGUACAAAUGAGAUGGCACCUCUCAAAGUCUGGCAGCUGCAAGAUCUAAGCUUCCAAGCUGCUGCUAGAAUCUUGGCUGCACCUACAGACGAUGCUUUGAUGGUAAUGCGUGACUUGAGCCAGAAUUUUCCCACUAAGGCCAGGUCUAUAACCAGAACUGUUGUGAACUCUGCUAUGAGGAGAGAAAUAGAAGAGCAUCAACAAACCUUCAAAGAAACAUUUGGCCUUCACCCAGGUGACUCUGCACUUUUCAUCAAUGGCCUUAGUAUUGAUCUUGAUGUGCAAGAUAUCUUCAGUGUUCUGGACUUACUGCGCAAUGAGGCCCGUCUCAUGGAAGGUCUGCACGAUCUGGGAAUUCAGGGGGAUGAACUGCAUGAAUUACUGAAGUUAAAUGUACAGCCAGCAGAUUCUGAUUAUGGUGUAGAGAUUCGCAACCCAGCUAUCUAUUGGAUCAAUAAUCUGGAGACGGAUAGCAAAUACAACACCUGGCCUUCUAAUGUGCAGGAACUUCUGAGACCCACAUUUCUUGGAGUUAUCCGGCAGAUUCGGAAAAACUUUCACAACUUUGUGCUCAUUGUUGAUCCAACUGAUGAAAGCACACCUGAGUUGCUGAAAAUGGCAGAAAUGUUUUACACAAAUGAUAUCCCACUCAGGAUUGGCUUGGUAUUUGUGGUUGAUGAUUCGGAUGAGGCUAAUGGUCUAAAAGAUCCUGGUGUUGCACUCUUCAGAGCAUUUAACUUUGUUGCUGAUGAAUUGGACAAUAUGAAUGCCUUCCAGACAAUCAUUUCGAUAUACAGCAAGGUAAAGGAAGGUGAAAAGCUGGCAAUUGAACACAUCAUUGGCGUCUUGGAGAAGGACUUUUCGAACGUAGAGGUGACCAGUAUUCUGGGACCUAAUUCAGCAUAUGACAGAAACCGUAAGGAAUGCAAAGAUUACUAUAAGCAGUCAGGCCUGGGCCCUCUGCCUAUUGCCCUUUACAAUGGCAUGCCUUACCAGAGAGAGCAGUUGGAUCCUGAUGAGUUAGAAACUGUAACGAUGCACAAAAUCUUGGACAACACAGCUUUCUUUCAGAAAGUUGUUUACUUGGGUGAACUGAACAAUGAUCAAGAUGUUGUCGAUUUCAUAAUGAAUCAGCCGAGUAUUGUUCCAAGAAUCAAUUCCAGAAUCCUUAGCUCUGAGAGAGAUUACCUUGAUUUAUCUGCUGAAGCUAAGGAUAGUGUGGAUGACUAUUCGCAUUUUGCUUUCCUAAAAUCUGAGGAAAAGUCUGCAGCAGUCGCCAACAAUAUGCAGUAUUUGUCUAAAAGAGGAAUGUCUUCAAGAGAGAUAUAUGACGAUAAGUAUAUUCGUCCACUUACAUUCUGGAUUGUUGGAGAUUUUGAUGACUCUUCUGGGAGGCAAUUAUUGUAUGAAUCACUUAAACAUCUGAAAUCUAGCAAUAACCUGAGGAUUGGUUUAAUAAACAAUCCAACGACUGAACCCACUGAAGAGAACACCAUUAUUGCGAGAGCCAUCUGGGCUGCACUUAACACUCAAAGCGUAAAUAAUGCCAAGAACUUCAUUACUAAACUGGCAAAAGAAGAGACUGCAAAAGCAUUGGCUGAUGGAGCAGACAUCAUGGAAUUCGCUGUUGGUGGUAUGGACAAUGAUGCCUUCAAAAAGAUGUUUGAAACUUUGAAAUUGGAUUUCAUUUUGUCACACAGUUCUUUUUGCAAGGAUGUCGUAAAAUUGAAGGGAGGACAGAGAGCUAUAAUCAGCAAUGGACGAAUUAUUGGACCACUGGAAGAAAAUGAAAUCUUCAAUCAGAAUGACUUCCACCUGUUGGAGAGUAUUGCUGUUGAAGCAGCAGAGAAAAUCAAAGUCAGGAUCCGAAUGCUGAUGGUUGAAGAAGAUCUUGCGAGUGAUCUUGUAAUGAAAGUGGAUUCUCUACUGUCAUCGAAGUCCAAGGGAGAAUCGAGGCUCGACCUCCGGUUCUUUGAAGGAGAGUUCAGUGCAAUUAAAUUACGCCCCAAAGAAGAACAGGUUUACUUUGAAGUGAUGGCCAUAACUGAUCCUGUGACCAGAGAUGCUCAAAGGCUUUCUUCAUUCCUUUUGGUUCUAAACCAGCUGGUCAACAUGAAUCUUCAUGUGCUUAUGAACUGUCAACCAAAACUUUCAGAAAUGCCCCUGAAAAGCAUCUACCGAUUUGUUUUGGAGCCUGAGAUUACUUUCAGUGCAGAUGGCAGCUUUGCUCCUGGACCAGUGGCCAAAUUCUUGGACAUGCCUCAGUCUCCCCUCUUCACGCUGAUUAUCAACACUCCUGAGAGCUGGAUGGUGGAGUCUGUCCAUACUUCGUAUGAUCUCGACAAUAUUUACCUGAAGGAGAUUGAUGGCGGAAUAGCAGCAGAGUAUGAAUUGGAGUACCUUUUGUUAGAAGGACAUUGUUAUGAUGUUUCAACAGGACAGCCCCCCAGAGGUCUCCAAUUUACCCUGGGCACCAAUGCAAACCAGGAAAUCGUGGACACAAUUGUAAUGGCAAACCUGGGCUAUUUCCAGUUAAAAGCCAAUCCUGGUGCUUGGGUGCUCAGACUAAGGAAAGGAAGAUCAGAAGAUAUCUAUAAAAUUUACAGCCACGAUGGAACAGACUCCCCAGCUGGUACUGAUGAAGUGACUGUAGUUCUUAACAGCUUCAAGAGCAAAAUUAUUAAAGUGAAGGUUCAAAAGAAACCUGAGAAAAUGAGUGAAGAACUCCUCAGUGAUGAUAAUUCUGAAAAUGAAGGUUUCUGGGAAUCCAUUAAGAGAGGAUUCACUGGAGGACCAAAACCUGAAGAACUGAGAUCGGAUAAGGAAGAUGUCAUUAAUAUCUUUUCAGUUGCAUCAGGUCAUCUUUACGAGAGAUUCUUGAGAAUAAUGAUGCUGUCAGUGCUGAAACAUACUGAAACACCAGUGAAAUUCUGGUUCCUUAAGAACUACCUCUCACCCACAUUCAAGGAAUUUAUUCCACACAUGGCAAAGAAGUAUGGUUUUCAGUAUGAGCUGGUGCAGUACAAAUGGCCCAGGUGGCUCCAUCAACAGACUGAAAAGCAAAGAAUAAUCUGGGGCUACAAGAUCCUUUUCCUGGAUGUACUUUUCCCACUGGCUGUUGACAAGAUCCUAUUUGUGGAUGCUGAUCAGAUAGUGCGAGCUGACUUGAAGGAGCUGCGUGACCUGGACCUUGAAGGAGCUCCCUAUGGGUAUACUCCUUUCUGUGAAAGUCGUAAGGAAAUGGAUGGAUAUCGCUUCUGGAAGUCAGGUUACUGGGCUAAUCACCUACAGGGCAGGAAGUACCACAUAAGUGCCUUGUAUGUGGUGGACUUAAAGAAAUUCCGAAAGAUUGCCGCUGGUGAUCGACUCCGAGGGCAGUAUCAAGGUCUCAGUCAGGACCCGAACAGUUUAUCCAAUCUUGACCAGGAUCUGCCUAACAACAUGAUCCAUCAAGUGCCCAUUAAAUCCCUUCCCCAGCACUGGCUGUGGUGCGAGACCUGGUGUGAUGAAGCAUCAAAGAAGAGAGCUAAAACUAUUGAUUUGUGCAAUAACCCAAUGACUAAAGAACCCAAACUGGAGGCAGCAGUGCGAAUUGUUCCUGAAUGGCAAGACUAUGAUCAAGAGCUAAAACAGCUUCAGAAAUUGUUCCAGGAGGGGAAAUUGAAUGGAUUAUCUCAUGCAGAUACAGAUGACAUAACCAGCACAGAGGGUCACACCCCACACGGUGAACUUUAAGCUGUGAAUGUGAAAUUGUUUAACUCUGUUUAAGGAGUUCCUCCUUUUUUCUACCGAAAUCUUCUCAAAUGUGACAAAGAGCUAAGAGACUGGAAUGGGAAUGUGCUUGUAAUUGUGUUUUUCUUUCUUAUUAUAAAGGUGUAUUAUAAUUUAGGUUCAGUUCUGUGGACAGAUAAAGCAAUGGGAGUGCAAGAUCACUGGAAAAUGUAUAGGUAUUCACCUCAGGGACAAACUCAAUCAUGGAAAAUCAGAUGGUUUCUGUAUAUUCGUCAGUGGGAUUUAGGAAAGACUAAAUGUCAUAGGGAUGAUUUCAAUUACCAUUCAUUUAAAACCCAAAACUUCCAAUACACUGCUUUUCAAACUCCUGAAUUUAUGUUGUUUUAGUUGGUCAACACAGUGCAUGUUGUGUUAUUCUUGUCCAGGAAAGUGUAUUCAUGAACCUCAUAACUCAUUCCUCUCACUCGCACGUGUGUAAUCUCUCACAUUCAAUCUUUCUUGCACUCCCACGCUCCUGCUAGUUUUCUCUCGACCUCUUGAUUUCAUUCUCACUAUCCAUUUACUUAAGGGCAGACAAGGAUGAAUCCUUGUUUUAAGUUAAAGUAUUCUAUAAGCCUGUAUUUUCAGCAAGAUGCUUAAAUGCCACACUGCUGUGUUGUAUAUGUCCAUAUCUAAGUAAUGCCAACAUUACAGUGGAAUAUUGCAAGAUCCAGUAAUUUCUGUAUAGAAGAUUUUAUAUUGGAAUAUACAGCGAUUAGUUUUUAUUGCUGUUUUCUGGACGAGAAUUGUGCAUUUGAAAAAUGUGGAUCACGAGAUGUCUUCUGUAAAUAUUCUACAAUGUCUGCUACUCUGAGUGACUGCUUAUUGGUAAUAUAUUUAUUGUUUAUUCCUUUGCGAACCAAAUAGAGCAUUUUGGUCAGGCAUACAUCGAAGGCCUUCAAAUAGUAUAAAUCCAACUUAAUCUUCACAGUCUUUUGAGAAAUCUCUCUGAAUGCACCAUUGUACAUCAAUGGUACAUCUUGAGUGUAAAACCAGUAUCAGGUUAGUAUUUGUAAAAAUGACCCAAAGUACAUUUUGUCCUUAUACAAACUACUGAUGUGUAUGUUCAGAGAUACCUGCACUUAAUUGCAUUAACCCUGCCUCCUUGCAGUGUAAUUGAGGAAGAGAGUUCUUUUACUGGGCUUGAUGCCUGCAAUGAUUUACAAGUGUACAAAUCUUUGUAUCAUUGCUGAUAGUUUGAACACCUCAAAUGGCAGAAACUUGCUGCAGACUUGUACUAGAAGAAAUUCCGCACAGUUGCACCAGUGUACAGAACAUUGCCAGAAGUUAAUUAACAUACCAGAGCGAGCAAUUUUUACACAACAUUUCAGGCUUUCCCCAAACCUGCAGAAAUUUCCUAAGCUGCUUACUUUCUUUGAAUCCCACUGUAAUAAUAGAACUAUUCGCUAUGGCCUUGACCAUGGUGUGACCUUCUGCUCAGCUACAUUCUACAUUAUUAUUUUCAAUGAAGCAUGGAUAUUUCUGCAAGAAACAUUCUAGAAGAUGAAUUGUAAACUUUUACAAUUAGCAUCUUUUUGUUCAUUGAUAUUUGCGCUCCACUUGUCUGUUGUGAUUUUUUUUUGUUCUAUUGGAAGAGAAAUGUUUUUGGCACAUUGCAUGCUGAACAUAAUAGCCCAGAACUCUGAGAAGAUGAGAAUGAUAACACCAAUAACUUUCAAGAACUUGCUUAGACUGGCCAUCUCUUGUAUGUUGACCAGGUUUUAACUGUAUGGUCAAGUUCAUGACUGGGUGCCAACAGUGAAAUAUUAUAUUGCUUUCACCAGUAGGGAACAAAGUUUGCCUCUCAGUCAGCUCAGUGAAUAGAAGUUGCCUUUCUCUGUUGUUUAGAUGAAACGACCAAGAAUCUGAAUCUGCUUCUAAAUCAGAUGCAAAUUCACAAUAUUAAGCCAUCCGUGAUUCAGCAUUAAUUGGCACAAACUGGGCAUUUGGAUUUGUCUGUAAAGGAAAUUGAAGUAGGAACUAGGAAAGUUACACAGCUGUGCAGUAAUGGACUGUCCACAGGGCUUGGUUGCUUUGCUCAGCGUGUUAAAGACUGAAAUACGUUUAAAAUAUCAUUACAAAAUGUGCAAAAACACAAGCAAUUGAAAUCCCUAGUGGUGGCCUGUGUAGACUGGAUUUGAAUUGACCUGUCUUUAAUGAUCAAAUCAGUUCUCACCCUCUUGUAGUGGAAAGAUCUGUUCUGUCAUAGCCUGUAAUUUUGUAAAGUUUGAGAUGCUGGAUUAAUUACUAAGUAGCUAAGUUUAAAUGCUACUUGUGUUUUGCUGUUGCCCAUUCAGCAUUCUACCGCUGAAAUGUGAACUUUGAAUUUAUGAUUCUGAAUUUUCAAUUUGAUCAGAUCUUUUCAAUGUUUUAUAUGAUUACAAGCGGUGGCACGUAAAAUACAAAUCAAGUUGAUUCUCUGCCGUGGCACGAAAAUGUUAGAAUUAUUUCCUUAAAUUUGAACAGUUCAAGGCACUUGGGACUCUAAACUCCCAAUGUAAUUAAAAACCUCACCCAUCCUUGUUAUUUGGCAUUUCUGAAACAUUCACCUUCCAGUUAUAUGGAAGGCUGUUCUACUGUAUAAUUCUUUUCAGCUCCACAGACCCACAGCUGUUCAUUGAAAGUGCUUUUCUAAACUUUGCUUCCUCUAUGAUAGAUGAGAUGUCUUAGCUAAAUCCUAAAGUGCCCUCAAAUGAUUUACAGCAAGUCACACUGAUUAUCGUCUGUUAUACUGUCACUUUCUGUAACCUGAUAUUUUUUGAGCUUCAUAUGUAGUUUACUACUGUCGUUGGAAGUUCUUCAGUAGACUGUGCCUAUUAUCUUUAUUUCGUUUCACUUUUAAAAAUGCGGGUUCACCCACCAACAUUUGGGUGAACACACGAUUCCAUUGUACUAUGGGUGUGUGGUACUUUCUUUAAUAAAGUGUUUUUUUUUCUUUUUUUUUAAGUUGCUGGCCGUGAGCCUCUUGACUUUGCAGUAGCAAUUCUGAUACAGAUUACUUGAAAGGUUUGAAUGAAUGAAAUUGUAUACCAAGCCCUAUUGAUUAUUGUGAAUUCACACAGCUAAUUUAGGGUGAUGAAAGAAAACCACAAUUGUUAAUUUUAAAAACUAUAUGAAUGGAAUAUUGUAUAAUUCUUAUCACCACAUUUGUGCGAUAUGCAUUGGAAAAGGUUUGAAAAACAGAAGGGCAGAUGGGAUGAGGGUUGAUGGAAGAUGCUUAAAGCUCAAGUCUCGAGUAAAGAUGAAUGAAGGAAUCUGAUUAAUAUAUAAAAUGGCAUAUUUUACAUAAAAUACACCCUCAAUGCAACUUUUACAUUACUAGGGCCAGUAAACCAACGGGGACUACAGUUAAAUUGAGAUUCAAAGGGAAAUAGAAUAUUUCAUUGAUAUACAUUUGAAAUUAGAGUGUUGAGAGAUCUCUCAAUCUGUUUCAGUGUGAGACCUGGUGUAUUAAAUAAUAAAGGGACUGACCUAAUAGGAAGAACAGCAUUUUUGUAUAUUUACAUAUUAACUGCCAGAUUGUACAGGUUUCAAGCAGACCUUAAAAUUGGCAUGACAGGUGCACCAACCAGGAGUGUUAGAGGUACUAGAAAAAAUCAAUGUCACAAAAGAAAGCACAUCAGAUGUUACGACAUUCUGCUCAGCAGUCAUAGCAUUUAUUGAUUUUACAGAGAUUUGUUGUCACUUCAUCCAUAACUGCUUGUUCCUUCAUGUCUACCAGAAGAAAGAUGUUCUUGCUAUUUUACAAUUUGCUCUUUCUUCUUCAUUAUUUGCAUUAUUAAUGGAUCUCCUGCAGUGGUAUCAAAAUGUGAGCAAAAUCUGGUUCAAACAUGGCACAGAGGAAUUAACGGUGCUUUGCAAAGAUCCCAGUUGCUGUUCAAUAACAGAUUUUUCACAGCCGCUGUCAAAAUAUGUAUUGUAUAUUCUGGAAAUUCAAAAUACGAUUUUAUGUUUCGGGGAGUACUGUGCUUGCUUUACACAGGUGCCAGAUUACUGUUGCUGAAAGGAAGGCAUCUAUGCUCUGCUUUCAAUGUGACCCAUUUAUAAUGUUGAGAGUUGUAUUUCCCAAAGUUGUGGAGGUUUAAUUUGCUUCCUACCCAAAAUAACAAUAAAAUAUGAUGCCGCCAA